ACAUAACCUCUGACAGCUGACGUCAGACGCUACCCACAACUUACUAAUCCGAUUUUAAAUUUUGUAGGCCAGUAAUUGUCUAGUAGGCGUAUGUGAUAGGCUAUUUAUUUACGUACUGUGCAGCAAAGUUUGUUGGCUCAAACAUCUGUUUCUUGGAGAUACGAUCAGUUGGUGUCAACUGGAGGUCAUCUGGAGGUCAUCGGGGUCAGCUGGAGGUCAUCGUCUCCACACUAGAUUCCAAUGGAUUCAGCCCAAAUCAAGACCAACGAUUCACCAGGCUAUGGAUCUGUGGCCUUUCACACGGAAACUGACGAAGACGAAGAGAAAUGUCAAGCGGAAAAUGUCGAGGUAUCGCGCUGCAAACGAUGCAUCGGUUUGGCCCGUGCGAACUUGCUGGUGCUCUUGCUUAUCGCCAGCCUGGGUGUGGGGGUGGGUUUGGGGGCGGGACUGCGUUCCCUGGAGCCAGCCCUUGACAAGCGGCAGCAGAUGUACCUCAAGUUUCCCGGCGAGCUGCUCAUGAACAUGCUCCAGCUGCUCAUCCUGCCUCUCAUUGUGACGUCACUCAUCAGCGGCCUCACCUCACUCGACACGCGCUCAUCAGGUAAACUCGGGGCACGCGCCAUCUUGUACUACCUGACGACAACCCUCCUAGCCGUGGUGCUGGGCAUCGUGCUGGUUAUAGCCAUCAGGCCCGGCCACAGGGGGGACACGCCCACCAAGGUCGGACCCACCGUCGACAGGGUGGAGGCGGCAGACACCUUCUUAGAUCUCAUCAGGCAGAUGUUCCCAGAUAAUAUUGUUGAGGCAACUUUUAGUAAAAAACUGACGAAACUCAGGGUUGUUGCGACAAAUGUUUCGACCAGUAAUUCAACCAAUGCGACUUCACCAGCAGUGGAGUACGUGCCGGUCCUGGUGCAGCAGAGCGGUAUCAACAUGCUGGGAUUGGUCACGUUCUCGGUUGCCAUGGGGAUUGCUAUCAACAGGAUCGGCCACAAAGGGAGGGCACUGAAAGAAGUCAUUGAAGCCGUGUGUCAGGCGACGUUACAGCUGGUCACAGCUGUCAUAUGGUUUUCCCCGGCCGGUGUGCUGUGUCUUGUGGCCCAUCAGAUCGUGUCCAUGGACGACCCCCUCAUCCUCACCGUCAUGUCAGGGCUGACCAUACACGGGCUUGUACUGCUGCCCACAAUUUACUUCGUCCUCGUCCGGAAAAAUCCCUACAGAUUUAUGAUGGGUGUGUUACAAGCAAUGUUGACAGCACUCGGGACAUCUUCUAGUUCAGCAACUCUGCCUGUGACGAUGAGGAACCUGGAAGAGAACAAUCACAUCGACCCCCGUGUCAUCUCCUUUGUGGCCCCAGUCGGCGCCACCAUCAAUAUGGACGGCACUGCCCUCUAUGAAGCUGUGGCUGUCAUUUUUAUUGGUCAAGUCAGGGGAUAUGACAUGGACAUUGGUCAAAUUAUCACUGUCUGUUUAACAGCAACGGCUGCCGCAAUAGGAGCUGCUGGCGUCCCUCAAGCUGGGCUGGUUACCAUGGUGAUUGUGUUGACAGCAGUUGGUUUCCCUACGGAUGACGUUGGCAUGAUUUUAGCCAUAGAUUGGCUCCUUGACAGAUUCAGGACGAUGAUUAACGUCCUGGGGGACACGUUUGGUGCUGGUAUUGUCGACCACUACUCCAAGGAUGAUUUGAAGAAAAUGGACGAAGGAGAUGUGAGGAAUACUAAGACAGACAGAACAAAUGGAAUAGACAACAAGGCCUACGAUUCUAAACUCUGAAUUCACUGAACCAGUGGCGUAGCCAGGAUCGUCUUAUGGGGGGGGGGGUUCAAA